GAACCAAUUUCAACCGUUUACACCGAAGUUUCCUCAAUGAGCUCUCAAACUUCCUACGAUAACACGCAAAAUGCUCGUCCGACUUCGGACAAUCCUGCGCAAAUUCCCCCUUUUCAAGGGCAAAACCCUCAUCCGGAGGUCAAUCCUUCAAAUAAAUUCGAUAUUAUUAAUGGAAACACCUUUUCGCAACAAGAAUUGAUUGUGAAAGAAAAACCUUUCGUAGAAACUUUAUUUAAUGGCGACAGCAAUGAACAGGAAGUGCUCGAAUAUACAAUCGCCCAUAUUAUCUAA